CCUGCUGACGACGAGUCGUCCGUGUCCGCUCAGUCUCGCGCAUUCGCUUUUCUUCGACUGUUACAACUGUACCGUACCGACGACACAACGGAGUGUGUGUUGGUACGGCGGUCAUCGUUGGCUAUUAAGAUUUAUUGUUAUUUUUUUUAUUUUUUUUUCAUUUCCACCGAACUUUCGAUAAUAUUGUUGCUUUUAACGCCGCGAAGAAAAUCUCGUUUUUCCCUCCACCGAAUAGUAAAAUAUAAUAAUAUUAACCAUUUCUUUUAAGAGAAUAUGGCUCAUUUCCGAAAAACCAAAAAAGAUCACAACAAAGCGUUCAUCAUUUUAAGAAAGGGAUCUGAAGAUUCAGACGUUAUAACAAAUACAGCGGACCUGUCUCUGGGCAUUGAAAAAGAAGCGCUGCGGCGCGAAAAUGAGCACAGAGCUCGUUCACAACUACUUAACAGUCGUACAAAACCGGUGGCGUUUGCCGUUCGCACAAAUGUCGCAUUUGACGGUAAAAAGGACGAUGACUCACCAAUACAAGGCUGUGCGAUCACAUUUGAUAUUAAAGAUUUUUUGCAUAUCAAGGAGAAAUAUGACAAUAACUGGUGGAUAGGCCGACUGGUGAAAGAGGGCUCUGAUGUGGGUUUUAUACCAUCCCCCGCCAAACUCGAACUCCUGCGUCAGAUGAACCCAUCACGAAGCUCAAAAAAUCAUUCUUCCAAAAACUCAUCAUCGUCAAACUUAGCUGAAGAUGAUGAUCCUAUUGGAAGUGGUCGGAUAUCUGCCAGAACCACAUUAACCGCUCCCACAGCCAAAGACAAACGCAAAAUUUUCUUUAAAAAACAGGAGACCACACCUCCAUACGAUGUCGUACCAUCUAUGAGACCUGUUGUGCUUGUUGGUCCAUCUCUAAAAGGGUACGAGGUGACCGACAUGAUGCAAAAAGCUCUGUUCGACUUUUUAAAACAUCGUUUUGAAGGACGAAUAAUUAUUACACGUGUAAUGGCCGAUAUAUCCUUGGCCAAAAGAUCUCUUCUCAAUAACCCUUCAAAAAGAACAGUUAUCGAAAGUAAGCCUGGUUCAAACUCAAGAUCGAAUAUAAUGGCUGACGUACAACAGGAAAUAGAACGAAUUUUCGAACUCGCGAGAACACUACAGCUUGUCGUUUUAGAUUGUGAUACCAUCAAUCAUCCAUCGCAAUUAGCAAAAACUUCUUUGGCACCAACCAUAGUUUACUUAAAAGUCUCGUCACCUAAAGUACUCCAGCGGUUGAUCAAGUCCAGGGGAAAGUCGCAAACCCGACACCUGAACGUGCAGAUGGUGGCGUCCGAGAAGUUGGCCCAAUGUCCGCCAGAGAUGUUCGACGUGAUACUGGACGAGAACCAGCUGGAGGAAGCGUGCGAACACAUAUCCGAGUACUUGGAGGCGUAUUGGCGCGCAACCCACCCGCCCGUCACGCCCGACCCCAACGAACAGCAGCUGUUGACGAGGCCGAUCAGAAGCUCGCCAAGCAUGGACAUGCCCAUCAUGUCGUCGAUGAUGAACAACUAUCAGCCGUCAGAUUAUCAAUCGAUGGAUCGCAUGCCGCCGCGUCUCGAGCGCAUGCGCACCACCGAGUACGAUGACUACGAACUCAGCGAUCACGACAGCAUGGUGUACGUGCCGCCGGCCAUCGGGUACCAGUCGAAACAACCGCAGCAGCAACAGCAUCACAAGCAACAGCAUCAUCAUCAGCAGCAGCAACAGCAGCAGCAGCAGCAUCACCAUCAGCAGCAACAACAUCACCAUCAGCAACAGCAGCAUCAUCAGCAGCAACAGCAGCACCAUCCGCAGCAGCACUAUCAACAGCAGAAACAGCAACAGCAGCAUCCGCAGCACUAUCAGCAGCAACAGCAACAGCAGCAGCAGCUACAACAACAGCAGCCGCCUAUGCGACGGCAGCACAGCGUGUCGUUCGAACGGGGCCAGUCGCAACGCGGACAGCCCCGUCCGGGUGGCAGCUCGCACAACGUGCACCACCAGCUGUCGUACCAGACCGAUAUGCUGACCCACAGCCCGCCUGAGAACUCGUCCGACCAUCUCAUGUCGUACAUGUCGCCCACGCUCAGGUCGUCGUCGUCCACGUGGCGUGGCAACAACGUAAACAUUUAGUACAAACAGACGGAAUUUUAAUAACAGCACGCGUGACGUUAGGGUGACAGAUAGCGUUCGUCAGGUGUAACGAUACAAUAACAACGAUAAUAGUAACGGCGUGUAACUCUUUGUCUUCUUGGUUGGUGUGUCGUGUUUGAACGACGUCGUCGUCGUUAUUGUUGUUCUUAUUGUAUUAUUAUUAUCCAUUGCGAUCGUUAUUUGUGGUAACAGAGUCGUCGGCGUGAUUGUCAUUAAUAUUGCCGUAAUCAAAACAAAUGUCAUGUAAAAUCCCGUUAGGGUAUCAUUGCGAUAUUAUACAUACCUACUUUAGUAUUAGUCAACAUAUCUCGUAGAUGAUAAAGAAACUGAUAGGACCAUAGAUAUAAAAUAUAAUAUACAGUCGUGUCUCAAGAGGAAUAAAAAUAAAUUCGAGUUAUACACUCAAGCACAACUUAAAAACACUUCAAAAAAAUUAAAGUUUUCUUUCUAAUCAUAGAGUAGCGAAGCAGCACAGAAUGAACGGAACGGAAUCUCGUCUAUGGAUAACAUUUUUUUAAAAAAAAUCCAGAUUAACAGUGGUGCCAGAUAAUAGAUAAUAUAUCUUUUUUUUAGUUUUCUGUCGCGUGCUACAUAGCUCAUCGUUUCAAUUUAUGUAUAAAUUCAAAUACACAUUGUUGCCUGAAUUUAUAUAAAAAAUGAGAGAAUACGAAUUUCACUGGCAGCAUGUGGCUACAACAAUGGCGGACACACUUUUUUCAACUCUCCUAAGUACUCCCCCCCCUCCCCAUAUAUUAUUUAUUGUACGACGAUUCCUUCUGUUUAUAUUGAAUUUUGUCUGUGUAUAUAACCCUAAAAGCGUAUCACUCAAUUAUCGUGUAAUAAGCAUAGAUAAUAAAUUUAUUUAUAUGAUAUUUAUGGUGAUAAGCAUCGAUGUCCUAUCUACUCCUUUAUUAUCUAUGAGACAACACGCUGCACUGGUAUACCCAUAUAUAGACUUAAAGGUUCAUGUAAUAUAAUCAUGUUCAUAAAAUGUACAUGUCUAUUGAGGUGUAUACCUUGCACGAUAGUUAAUAAUAAUAAUAUGAUAUGUGUAAAUAUAUUAUUAUUAUAAUUUAGUGAAUACGUCAUUAAUAUUACAUUGAACUUCAAUUGCCUUAAUUGGACCAACAUUAUUUCUGAGUGCUUAUUAUAAUUAUUUAUAAUCGUAUUUCGUAUAAUAUUAACUUUAUAACGAAUAAAUCUGGCUAUGAUUAUCCGAACAAUUUCAAUACCUAGUUAUAAAGUAUAGUUGUAGCAUAUUCAGACAAAUAUUAAAUUUAAUUCAACUGCUAUUUUUUAGUUGUAAUUUUGUAUCCAAUCAACAACCGCCCGCCACUGGGUUGUAUUAAUAUAGUAGAAAAAAUUAAACCCUAAUUAUGAAAUUCUCAAAAUUAUUGUAAGGUAGCGUUUAUUACUCAUGUAAUAAAUUUAAUUUAAUGUUUUCAAUAGUUUGUAUAGGUUUCUUAGAGUAGGUAUACCUACGGCUAAUACAUAACGGGUAAAAACUAAUUUUAAGGAUAAUUGUUUUUCAUAAUGCUUGUCCUCGUUUUAAACGUGUUAAACGUGAUAAAAUUAUGUAUCAAUAUUAUAUUACCUAAUCGCCUUGGUGUGUUACUUUGUUGGUGUUUAUUUGAUUAUAGUACAUACCUACUGCUUUUUAAUAUAUAAGAUUUUCUUUUAUAUUUAGAUAUUUGAAUUACAAUUUUUUUUCGCUGAACUUUGUUUUUUUUUUUAAAUACGUACACGGUGUUCAAAAACAAUGGUUUUCAUUCUACAGAUGUACAAAACUGUUGUUUUUGGAAAAUGUUUCCAAACUUAUGAUAACACACACUGUUAACAGGGUCUUUCCGAAUUUCACGUUACAGAAAAACGACGGGUAAUGCUUACUUAAUAGAGCAUAAUGCAAUCCCCUCGAUUUUUGUAACCUGAAAUUUGGAAAUCACUGUGUAUAAAUGUAAAUUAAUUACUAAAUUAGAUUGCUUAUUGUUACCCAUAAUAUAUAAUAAUUAAUUAACGGUCCUAUGAUUUCCUAUCUCAAAGAUUAUACUAGAGGGACGGAAAUUAAACGUUAAUUGUGUACCUAUAUAUAUUAUACUAUUAUCAUCCAGUUUUAUUUACUUAUAUUAUUAUAAUCUAUAAUAUGUAAUAAUAAUUAAUCUUAUUGUACCAUUUAUAUGGUUUUCAUUUUUUUUCUAAUAUUUUAAUCGGACAAUUGGAAGUAAUUAUUAAUGAUUUCUAUUAAGUCAAUUUGAAAACAAAAUUUAACGAAAAAUAAUAAUUAUUAUAAUAAUAAAAAGUAGGUGUAGUAGUUAUCUGUUGUUAUCGUAACUAUUGAGAAGAUUUCCCGCUUUAAAUAGACCAUUUUUUUUCUCUUUCAUUGACGGUCCACACGUAUAAUACUUGCUCUAAAUGCUCUUAACAUUUAUUUUGUUUACCGUUCACGAUUAUUAUUAUAGACGUCAUUGUCGUUGUGUGUAUUAAUUGCUUAAAUAAUUUCGUUUUCAUUUGACUUCCAUACUAAUAAUAUCUAAACGUCAUUACUCAUAAUCAUAAUAUUAUAUUCAAAGGUACUUGUAACUUAUUAGUGAUUUAUGAUUAUUAUACCGACUAUUGCCUACCUUCGUUUCAUCCGUGUUUCAUCGAUCGUCAUGUUCAGCCGACACCGAUAUUUUAUGUCAUACAUAAUACGUGCAUUUUUAAACAUUUUUUGGGAUAUUCGUCGUAUCUCCAAGGACAAAAGAAACCUUUUUUUUUUGUUUAUAUAAAGACAUUUUCCUAAUUAUAUCUACCUAUGUACCUUUUAUAGGACAUCCUGAUCUGGAGAUAAGUAAACUCGCCGCAACUUGCACCUGUAUGAUGAUAUUGAAUUUAAAUAAUUCGAUUUACAAUUGCAUUUUUAAAUAAUUUUGAUCGAUGCUCACCAACAAUGACGCGUACACGUGACAAAACGCAGUAAUACAAAAUAAAUAUAAUUUUUCGUAUACUUUUUACACGAAAUAUAAUAUAAUAUGUUACUAUUUUGAAUUUUUCUAAAUGCUUUGCUUUUUAAUAUUAUACAGAAUUCAAUGACCAUACAAUAUGUAACAAAACAUAACUUUUUAAACGAUUAUAUUAAUACGCCUACGAACGAUUUCAUGGACAUUUUAAUAAAUAACAAAUAUAUGGGAUCAAAAGAAUGGACGCUUGGCCAUCCUGUAGUUAUAUACAAAAUAAGCAUUAUUAUUAUAAGCAUUCAAUCUAUUCCGUAUCCGGUCCGACGGGAACGGAUGCUUUUUUUAUAUAUUAUAAUAAUAAUAAUAUUAUUAUAUUAUUGCUGAUUUGGCCGUUCUAUAAUACGCGUCAAAAGUAUAAUAUUAUUAUUUAUGUAUUGGUAUAUUAUUAUUAUUAUUAUUAUCAUUAUUAUUAUUAUUAGUCGCAUCGACUGGUGAGCAAAUCCGAUACGUUUGAAAUUAACUAUAUAAUAUAUAUAUAUAUAUAUAUAUAUAUUAUAUAUUGCACAACUCGUAGUUUUAUUAUAAUUGCAUAUUAUUAUUAUUAUUAUUAUAGAGACUAUAUAGUAUAUAUUAUUAUUAUAUUGACACAUGCUUGCCUAUAUGUAUAAUGGUUUUGUUGAUAUGUUGUUGCGCGAUGAGAAUUCCCUUCGGUUUUAUAGUGUUAUCAUUAAUUUUUAAACACCUUUUGUAAUAAUAUAUAAUUAAAAUAAUAUAGGUAUUUAUCGGUUAUAUUGUAUUACCGCUCUCAAAAUUCACUAAAGAUCGUAUAAUGAUAGUAUAACAUUGAACAAAAAAAUAAUUACGAAAAACGUCCAAUAAUAUUAUACUCGUGUGUGUAUAAGUACGCGACUCCUUCAUUUAUUUUACUGUGACGUUUUUUUUUUUCAAAAUUCGUAUCGAAUGAGAUAUUUUCUAUAUUAUUAUUACCUACUUAUGUAGUUUUCGAUGUGUUUGAUAUUUUUCCUACAUUUAUUAUUAUUAUUAUUAUUAUUAUAUGGAUCGCUCGUUCCGAUUGAGUGUGAUAAAACAUAAUAAUAAUAUUAUACGAUCGUCGUGAUUAUUAUUAUUAUUAAUAUGUGUACGCUUUGUAGUGACUGACAUAAUAAUAAUAUAAUAUCAUCGUGUCGUUACAUUUGUAUAACAUAUUAUUAUUAUUAUUAUUAUUUUUACUAUAUAAGAUUAUAGAGUUUUAGUGUGUGAAUAUUGGAUUUCGAUUGUUCGACAUUAAAGUUAACGUAACAUUUAUGUAUCAUAAUAUAAUACGGAGAAUACAUAAAUAUAUAAAAUAAGACGCGAGUUCGUUAUUUUCAUUUUUUUUUUUUUAUGCUACCUAUGCGACUUCUUCGUUUUUUGUUUCAUUUAUUUAAUUUUGUUUUUCAUUGCAAAAAUCUCCUAUAUUCCGAAAUCCAGGUACUUUUCCGAUGAUAAUAAUAUUAUAUAGUAAAAUGUAAUAAUCACCCCAGAUUUCUAUACUAUAUAUGCAUAUUAAUUAAAGAAGACAUUCUACAUAAAACGAAUAACAUCAAGGGUUUUUCCAAACCCGUUUUUUUCGAACUUUAAGUAUCUGUUAAAUUUUUUUAUACAAUAAUAAAAUAGUAAAUAAAUAAAUAGCCGUCUAAAUUUCAAACCUUCACGAGGAAUAAGCGGUUCUAAACAAAAAUUAUAUCAAAUUAUUGUACCCGAUAUUUUUAAUUUAAAAACAUAUAGGUUCCAGUUAUUUCAAAAUAUUUAAAUGCUGUGCUCAACAUUUUAAGGGUUUCUGGUUUCCAGACCACGUAAUAUAUUAUACAUAGUUUAAGUAUUAUUUAAAUUAUAUCCUUGUUGAUUUUCCAACCGAGAAAAUUACGAAAAAAAAAGGUUAUUUGACGACACGUGUUCUUAUCGUCCAGUAUGUAUAGUAGUUGUAUAAAGAAGUCUGCGUAAAAAAAUUGUGAUUAUUAACAGUCUUUUUAUUGUUAUAAUUAUUAUUAUUCCGUUUUCGAUAUUAUACGCCAAAUGCCAAUCGCGAACGGUUUCCUGUUUUCCUCUUCUUCCGGACUUUUCUUUUCUCAUGGUUACCGAUCGGAUUUAAUUAGACGUGCUGGAAAUCAACCGCAGGUGGUCUGUGAUUGUUUUUUCAUUCGUUUUUUCCUUGCCUUACCAUACAAUUUGUACGCUCUGUAAUUGUUUGAGAUUAAUUUUUUUUUUGUACCUAUAUAAUAUACCUACGAUGCGUGUUAUGAGUGAAGAUUUUCACAACUAAGUGAUUGUACCUGAGGAUGUGUGAUUUUAACUUGGGGGUUCUCUAUAAUAUAUACAAGACCAUGCUCAAAACGAGGUUAGAUACGAUCUAUAGUAAAAAAUAAUAAUUAAUAAAAUUAAAAUACAAACAAUGUCCAAAACACGAAAACUAUAAUUUUUACUUUUUACGGGACUCAUGACAUUCCACAAAAUACGCGAUUAAAGGAUAAUAUUGUAUGCAUAUUAUUAUAUAUUAAUUAUAAAGGUGUUUAAUAUAUUAUUAUAUUAUUAUUAUUAUUCUAUUGUGUGUCUCCACUAUUAAAGUCGACCUUAUUAUUAUUAUUAUUAUUAUUAUUAUUACCUAUUAUUACUAUUAUUACUAUAUUAUUAUUGUAAACGAAUGUAUGAAAUUAUGUAAUUUUAUUUCAUUUAAUUCCAGUAUAAAAAAUUACACUAUAUAAUGAUUUUCCGCGAUUUUAUUAUCAUGUAAAGUUAUAUAUAUAUACAUAUAGAUACAUAAUUUGUACAAAUGUCUUACGGUCAUUUUUUAUGUACUAAUAACAUUAUUGUCUUGAACAUUAUAUAUACUUUUUGCUUGUGAA